AGUCACGGGGCUCCAUUAAGUGAACAGUAUUGGCGUUGGGUUGUGAAGAAGAGCCGAAAGCCCCACGAUCACAAACACACAGCUCAACUCCACUGACUGAAAACAAAGUUUCGUUGGCACACUACCAUGGCUGCUAUCAACAAUCACUCCUCUGUUCAUCAAUCCAGCCUCCGCCAAACCUUCGACCCCUCUUGUUCGCCUUCCUCUUCCUCCGCCGCCGCUCUAUUCCGCCGGCCUCCCCCUCCCAAGGUUUGUAGAUUUUUGGGCAAUCGGAUUUCGGUUUCCCGGAGGGUCAAUCUGGUGCGGGAGGCCUCGUCGUAUCAUUUUGGAAUUGGUUGGCCUAGUGGUUCGCGGCGGCAGGGUAUAAAGGCAGUUGCCACUCCUGAUUCGGCUUUGGAAUUGCCACUCACAGCAGAAAAUGUUGAGAGUGUGUUGGAUGAAGUCCGCCCAUAUCUCAUAGCUGAUGGGGGAAAUGUUGCAUUACAUGAGAUCGACGGAAACAUUGUAAAGUUGAAAUUAAAAGGGGCAUGUGGCUCCUGUCCUAGUUCUGAAAUGACCAUGAAAAUGGGCAUCGAGCGCCGUCUAAUGGAAAAAUUCCCCCAAGUUGUUGCUGUUGAGGCAGUUCCAGAUGAAGAAACUGGCCUUGAGCUGAGUGAAGAAAAUAUAGAAAAGGUACUCGAAGAAAUAAGGCCUUACCUUGUUGGAGCAGCUGGUGGAGAUCUAGAGCUAGUAGCAAUUGAGGAGCCGAUAGUUAAAGUACGAAUAACUGGUCCUGCAGCUGGUGUGAUGACUGUUCGAGUGGCUGUUACUCAGAAACUUCGAGAAAAAAUUCCAGCCAUUGCAGCUGUGCAGCUAUUGUCGUAAUGUAUAAUUUACAGAUAUCUCCAUGCCAAUUAUAUAGCACAAGCUCCUAAAAUUGGAAGUCGGAAUGAAGACUGGAUGGAGGAUUGGUGCAGUAAGUGAGAUUUGAACCUUUACUACAAGUAUUGGGCAGGUGUACACUUUAGCAGUAGCAUGUAUCCGUUUCAAUGUCCUGCUGCUGUGUACAUAUAAACCGUGCCAUUAUUUAUUAUAGGAUUUGCAGCUAUUUACACAAAAUAUUUCUGCCUUCAACCUCAGGUUCUUUAACUUGGCAGCAGGCUGUAGCAGAUAACAUGUUAUGUGCAACACGGUAUAGUACAUCAUUUAAAUCUCCAAAAACUUUCGGAUUA